UUGAUCGAUAAAAGUCAAAUGAAAACGUUUGUUAGGAGCGCCCAACUUUUUCGAGCUAAUCGGAACGGUGAUUAGUAAGUGGUUGAGUCUCAUACAGAGCGGUUGAGGUUACGGUUCGGUAUGGAGGAGCUGCAGGAUGCCAGCAUCCAUCACAUGACCGCCAAGGUAAUCGCGGCCAUCAAGAACACCAAGUGCUAUGAGCCCAUCUACAAGGAGUUGCAGCGACUCGUGUGCAGCCCGAAUGUGGAUACCCACGACAUGCGCAACACCCUCGAGGACGCCAUCAAGGGCGCCGGACUGGAGACGGAGAUCCGGAAUAUUGUCUAUAACCUGGUCCGUAGCCGGCUCACCAAGACGGAUGAUAAAGGGCUCACCCAUAAACAGACAUCGAAACCCACCGUUAGUGAUCCACUUGGCUACUUGAAGAGGGCAGGAGUCCUUUGGGAUCGUAGGGUUCGAAAAAGUCUGAAUGCCAUGUGCACCGAACUGAAGGUCCCUCUGCAUGGACAGCCCAGGAUUAGCGCCGAUCGCGAGGACUUUAUGGCCAAGUGGAACGAACUUAGCAACUACAAUAUGGAUCUGGCCAACUACAGACCAGUCUAUGCCCCAAAAGAUCUGCUGGAGGUGCUGCUCUCGCUAAAAGGACCCGCCAAGACCACCGAAAAUACAGACCAAAUCCCCCAGUGGGAGUUCUCGCACAUAGCCUUGCCGGUGAAGAAUCUCUUCGAGCUGCGCGGCCAUUAUGCCGAUCUUUUGCGGAGUGACAGCUAUCUGGGAGUGCCGGAUCUCACGGUACAAUGCCAGCGGAUUCUGGAGGGCAGGCAUGCGCCCAUGUGCCAGCAGUUCCUAAAGAAAGGCUGCACCCCUGCUCCCUACAGGGGAGCUCUCUGGGCCUCUGUGCUGGACAGUAAGCUACACGACUACGACAUUGACUAUUGGCACAAGCUGCGUAAUGCUGUGUGGACCACGGAUCACAUAGUGGACAAACUGGUCUUUAAGGACAUACAACUGACGGCCUCUAACGAUGACCAGUACUUUGUUUUUGAGGAUGUGCUCUACCAGGUGCUGCUCUGCUUCUCCCGCGACACGGACAUAGGAAGCUGUGUGGAUUACGAGACAUUUCCGGUGAAGGGCAAGACUUACGAGGGUCCUCCGUCGGGAGUGGUGCCUUUUCAUGGGAUCUGCAUGUUUGCCGCCCCCUUUUGCUAUUUGUACGACUCUCCAGUGAAUCUGUACUAUACGUUUCGGGCCUUUUACAUUCGCUACUGCCAUCGCCUGACCACUAUCAAUACGCAUCCGCAGGGCAUUGUGAGUCUGUGCCUGCUCUUCGAGAAGUUGCUGCAGACGUACGAGCCGCAGCUGUGGUCACAUUUUCGGGAGUUACAGAUACAGCCCCUGCGGGUCGUCUUCAAGUGGCUGAUGCGUGCCUUUUCAGGACAUUUGCCACCUGAUCAGCUCUUGGUUCUCUGGGACCUGAUACUGGGCUUUGAUAGCCUUGAGAUCCUGCCACUCUUUGCCAUCAUCAUCUUAAGCUUCCGUAAGGAAAGCAUCAUGCAGGUGGCCUCGCUGGACAACAUUGAGGCCAUUCUGGCGGAUUUGUCUUCCAUCAAAGUGCUACCCCUUGUGCAACUAGCACUGAGUAGAGACUAAACAACAAACUAAAGGGGUUUUUUGUGGUAGUUUGUUACAAAAUUAAAGUAUUAUUUCCGGUGUAUCAAGUAGUAAAA